AUGGCAGCUCGACGUGUUCAGGCUCCGCUUCGAGAGCUGACUCGCAGCCUAUAUACCCCUAGUAGCAGCUCUUCCAGUCGCACUGCUGCUCUUGCGUCAUCCGCAUCCGCAUCCGCAUCCAGCUCCUCAGCCUCUCCUUCAACUUGCUUGUCGCAGGCUCGCACUUUCGCAUCGGCUGCAUCCAUGUCAGCUUUGUCCUCUAUUUUUACAUCAGCGUCAGCAUCAUCAUCAGCAUCCUCGAUUCCCGGAAGAGGAAGCGAUUUCCGUUCGUCUCCCGCUCUCGGCACCAGUGUCACCGGCGACAGCGUCCUCUCUCACUUUUCCUCGGCACCAUUCUCCUCCACAUGCUCCGAUCUCCUCGGCGGCAACGCAGAGAUUGCACUUCGAGCCCUUACACACGAGUCCUAUUUCAAUGCGCGCGAAGGGCACAAUCGUCGGCUUGCAUUUGUAGGACGCAGAACCUUGAAGCUUUUCACCACGCUUUUCCUGCACUCGCGCUUGCAAACGCUUACGAAAGGUGAUGCUGCCCACAACUACAUCAGCCGCCUGCUCGAAUCGCCAAAUGGUGUUGACUCAAUUUUGACCACACACAGACUUGGCCACAGGGUUGGAAAGGAGCUUGGGCUUGAAAAAAUCAUGCGAUGGACACCAGCCGUGUCUGACGGUCAACUUGGAGCAAGAGAAACGGGCUUGUUCAAGGUCAGAGGUGUCGCUGUAGAGGCUGUCGUUGGUGCAAUCUACCAUCAAAAGGGCGCAGCAGAGGCGUCCAAGUUCUUCCAGAGCUUCAUCCUGCCCUCUUUGUUGCACGAUGGCUUCCCAGCUCCAGUCCCAGAGCAACUCACAAAAGGCAUCCUUUCGACAGCAAGCAACGACGCUUAA